AGAACUUCUUUCAAGGUUAAACUAAAGAACAUAAAGAACUACAUAGAUACAAUUACAACGAAGGGCUUGCGAGGAAUAGAUACACACCUAAGUUAACCUGGGCUCACGUGGUUGACAUAAUCUCGAGUUCCUUGGUCCAAGAACCGGGGCGGCGCGAAAUCAGGGCUAGUCCUCCAGACCAGAGAAGAGAGGAGGAACAAAGUUAGGAGCAGCAUCAGCAAAUAUACAACUGUCUACCAAAUGCCUGUAGAUGAGAACAAACAACUGUAGAAACCAAAUAACUGUAGAGCCCAUCAGAGGAAGCAGAGAAGAAGCAGAAGGAAUAAAGGCGCAGCAACUUCUGUAUCAACGAAACCACGAAAAUGGAGGAGUCCACACCAGCGGAUCUUGAGAGUAUCCUCUCAGCUGCCGGCGGUUUUUCGGACGUGGAGGAAGACGCUUCGUUUUUGAUCUCCCGUAUGGCUAAGAUCGUAGCAUCAGAUCUACUGGUGACUUUCGCAGAAGGCGGGUCAUUUGGAGACGAGGGAGGAGAGGAUUCAGCGUCUUCACAGCUAGUAGCACCUCAGAGCACGAGCACUAGUGGUACGACUGCUGAUGAUGUUCUAAAGGCCGUUUUGCUGGAUGGAGCAGCAGAUGCUGGUGCGGGAGGAAUGUCCUCAGCUGGUGUAGUAGACGGGGAUGGAGGUUUACGAGUUGUAGAGGAUCAUGAGAAAAAAUCCUUGCCAGAUGUACCAGCACAACCAGAAGUCCCAGCAGAGGAAAUGGACUAUUUUGCUAGUUCUUCGCAGUCGGAAACCGAGCAGUGGUCUCGGAUAGCCGCUGUUGUGGUCGCUGAAGUGGAACGACACGUCCUAGAGGCUGACGAAGAUGACAGGGAACACAGCCAGCAAGAACAACGUCUGACAGAAGAUGCACCAUUUUUAGAUCUAAAAGAAGCUCCUGUAGAUGAGCAGGAGGAGGCUUCGCCAGAACCAGUAGGAGUUGCAGCAGUAGGAGUUGAAGAACCUGCAGCACUACCAGAUGAUCCAGUUUUUACAACUUCUACCGUUGUAGACGAUGAACCGAACAAAAAUUCUUCAAGUAAAGCCACCGAAGAACCCGAAGAACCCGGCGGUGUUGUUGUGUCCGUAGAACCUGACGCCCCUCCAGCAUCAAGAGCUCACGUCGCUGAAGGGGACAUUUUAGGUGCAGAUCAACCGUCUCCUGUUGAAGCAGCUUCAGCUGGUUCUGCAGCAUUAGCAGCUCCACCACCAGAUGAUGACGAAGAUGUGGUUCGGUCUAGCAGUAAAGAAGCUGGCAGCAGUUCUCCAUCAAAGCUGAGACGACGAGUUAGCUUUUCUCUACCUCCAGCCGACGAUCCUACGGAUAGUACAACCGAACAAAUCAUACAAACACCUGGUAGAAGUACUACCCAUGAUAUUAAGGUAGACACGUCAGCAGAUCCAGAUCAGAAAACUCCGACGGUAUCCAGUCUCCUAGGAGCAGACAAAAUAGUGGACCGACCCCUUGACUCUCCUGAUGACGUGGAAAGUGUGGUUGCUUCCUCGGAGGAGAUCACACCUAGAGACGUGGUCGAAGUCCAGAUGAGGCCUGUAGGAGGUGAGGUUGUCACAGAUGGAGGCAAAGAGCCAUUGAAGAUUAGCUUGGCGGUAUUAUUCAAUUCUCGCUCACCUUCUCUAAAAGUAACAAUCAUGAUCUUCUUCAGUAUUUUUCUACGUCCGAACCUACCUUUUCAAGAAACUUCCUCAAUUUUGACAAGCAGCGUCUGGUUAUACUCUCUGCUGGACAGCGUUCUCCUUAAGCUCGAAGAUCAAGUGGGGGGUGGGGCUCAUAGAAGCACUUCACAGCCUACAACAACAGUACCGCUAGUCGUGACCCAAGAAGUGCUAUGAAUUUGUUUCAUCAACCCCACAACACCCAGAUCCAGCGUCACGAGCAGGGAAGCCGCAUUGUGGGUGAAAUGUCGGCUCGGACUCUAUCAGCAAGGGACAGAAGAGUUUUGGAUGAGGCAUUGAAGUUGACCAUAGAUCAAUGGAGUAUGACAGAGCAGGCGAGCAGUUCUGCAUCCGCAACUACGAGUGGUCGUGCAGUAGAAGGGACAACUGCAGGUCCGACUGUAGGCGAGUCUUCUUCGGGGACGACGACUGCAUCUUGGUAUUCAAUUCAUCGCGUAACUCAUAACUACGAGAGCAUGAUGAGUUCUUCUUGAGUCAUCUCCAUGGCAUCCAUGAUCCACAUCAAAAUCAACAUCACAACCCAGGAUGCAGAAGUCUCGUGUCCUAACGGCACCAGAGAGUCAAGAUCCGGGUACCUCUUUGACCCUAGUAAUCGGAGAACAGGGAGACUUGAAGACCCUACGCAUAAGUGCCUCUGCCAAGGACACUCGAGAAUUUGUCAUCGAAAGAGCAGUGACACCACCUGCGGCUGUUGUGCCCUCGGCUUCGAGUGGGAAGACAGAUGAUGGUAUAACGAAAGAAGCCGUGGCAGACGCAGACGAGAAUGGGAAGGAAGCUGAUACAAUAGGGAAACCAGGAGUAGAUGACGCGAAAGAGGGAGAUGGUGACAAAGCAGAUGCGACUAUGAGAAACAACAUUUUGCUUUUGACUUCCAACCACGUUCCUUGUUCUUACUCACCUCGAUGAUCUUCGUGUGAUUAUUGUGCUUAGCUUCGUGAAGAUCGUACUUAGUCUUCUCUUUCCUUCUAAAACACCAGCCGAAACGGGCAAAAAGAAGAAACCUGAUGAAGAUGACGAUAUAGAUUGGGCGAAGGCGGAAGAGGAGUCAGCCAUCAAAUUACAAGCAAGCGCAAGGGGAAGAAGGGACCGGCAGAAGGCACAAGCAAAACGUGAUCGACGAGCACGGGAAGCUGAAGCAAAACUUAUGUCUUAGUGGAGAGCCCUGGAGAUGAAUGCUGGAGCUGAAUGCUAUAAAGGAAGCAAAUAAAGAAUUUGAAUCUCGAUUUCAUGAAGCACACUGGAAUAUUAGAAGAUGCUUGAUGAAUACUCACUUUUUUCACGAGGCCGCACACGAACUACUUUUUUCCCAAGAUGAGCAGUAGUUUUCUCAAGUUCUGUUGAACAUUCCUUUUCAUACCCUGCGUCCGUGACGAAGCAGAAAGGGUAGCAGCAAUACGAAUACAAGCUGGGGUGCGUGGCAGUAGGGACCGAGCUUUCGUAGAAGAGCUGAAGUAUAGGAGGAGACUUCUAGGUAUUCUUUCCCUAGGCUUUUGCGAGCAAGAAUGAAAUGAAUGAAUAAUAGUGUUAGUAGGCGUAUCUACUACAUAAGGCGAAGAUUGUUAAUACUAGUGGGUGUGGGCGGGCAUGUUGUAACUCCUGUAUUUUCUCUUUCUGGUUGUGCCGAUGAGGUGGAAACAACUAACCAGAGUGCUGUACUACAACUGGCAAGACAGACUGCACCUCCUUGUUGUGCUCACAUUACAGCAAACUACGAGGCGAGCCGUGGUACGACUGAGGAACGUGGAUUAGCAGGUCAAGAACAAAGAGGCCCUCAACAGGAGAAGAGAAGCAAGAAAACGAAGAAAGCCACGAAGAAAAUGGUGCUUGUCGAUCUGCAUCAUGUGCACCAUCACCAUCACUUUCAUAAAACAAGUGAGAGCGAGGACGAAGGCGGAGUCCAGACUAAAAAAAGCCUAGAAUACGAAGCUACGCAGCUGACGACAACGAGCUAUGUCGAAAACAAAGCGGAAAGCGUCUAUCAAGGAGGAUACCGGAAGUUCCUCAUCGACAACGUAUCUUUUUCUUUUUCCUUUUCAUCCAUGAUGAGAGAGACUGAAUGACACUCCCUUCUGUGGUCUGAGCUGCAAAAAUAGGUGAUCUGUAAAAAUACUGUUUAUUCUAUUCAGAACUUCAGUAGUUAAAGGUAUACUUGCGCUAAAGCCUUACCCCCCACCAGCCACCGUUCCAAUCUGCGGAAGAAUAUUACACCCACACGAGUGGUCUCACUGGUGCUCAGCGGAUGGGUGUGAGUCCGUAUCAGUUCACCGCCGAUCAGCGUUUGCACAAACAAAGGCUACCUGACGGUCGUAUUCGAUGGACACCUGCGUCCUCUUCCUAUUCAAGAGGGACGAGAAGGAGCAGGAGUAAAGGUUAAGGAUCGUUAUUCGAAAAUAUGCAUUUCCAUAUUCUACCAUCGUUAUUCGAAAAAAAUCAUAUUGAUUCAUAUUCUACCAGUACUAGGACAUGACUCUCUUGACAAACUCAUUGAUUUAUACUUCCUCAAGAAUCUUGAAGUGCGAGGGACAAGCUAGUACAGAGUUCAGAGUUUCCUUCUAAUAACGGGACAUGCAACGACCGCCGCGCACAGCUGAGUUCAGUUUCGACGAGCGCGCAAAACCCAAAGCGGCACCAGGUACGGCACCAGGCACGGCGCCAGCAGGUGGAAACCUUCAUGCUUCUUCGUCGUCUUCGAAGGCUCUAUAUGGUAGUCCGUCAGGAGCUGAUCUAAACAGGAAUGUGAACGGGAAGAACGUUGAUCACUACCAGUCACCGCCACCCGCAUCCUCUUCGAAAAGUGUGCACUUCUUCUAUCCAAGUGAAGAAGACAGUAGCAGCAUAAGGGAAAUUACUGGAGGUCAUCAUGGGAGUGCCGGGACGACGACGAAACAUAAAACGACGGGUUCUGUUACGGCACUCAGGACAGGUAGAACUAGAACUAGAUGAAUCAGAAAACCGGAGUUGUUAAACAAAAUCAAAAGUCCUCUUCCUCACAUGUUGCGUCGCACGAGCGUUUCUUACACCAGAUAAAGAUAAUGGAAAGUUAGAAUUAAGCUUCACUUCGAUUUCCCCCACCAACGCCAGCUUUCAUUCCCUGUUUCCUAGCCAAGAAAAGCUACAAACCGCACCACUACAUACACGGUGGGUCGAAGUAUCAUGGCACAAGCAAGAUCGGUAGGGGAGAACCCCAUUUAGCUUUGGGUAGCAGCUCUGGACUAGCGAAGCCAUACAAAUCGCCAUACGCUGUCUCACCUCUAGGCAAAUUCGCCACGACGAGUUCUGGAGGAGGCCUGGUGAAGAGAAACCGCUAUGGUUCGCCUGGGAGAGGGAUACAGUUGCCGCCUAUAUUGUAAGAAGCUGUGAUCGAAAUAGAUUCCUAUUUUCAUGAUUUGGUGUUGCUGAACAGAAUCACAUCGAAGCCAGAGCAAGUUUGUUGAUAAAAGUAGGUUUCGUAUGUCAUUAUCGUAUUCGUAGUGCUAAUGUACAGUCACAGGUUCGCAGGAGUCAGAUUAUUUUUUCGUAUUUUCAUCGAGGAUGCGGAUACUGUCGUGUAGUUUCAUAUUUUUUUUGUGCUAAUAUUUAGGUCACGACCACGACCACUCAAAAAUGUACCAACAUUUCAUCAUCUUAACAUAACAAGAGACAUUGACAAGUAUUUGGGGCUAGAGGUCUACUAGUACGCAAGAACAUGAUAGGAGGACAAUCUUCAUUCUUGUUCUGCUCGUUUCUAAAUCAAAUGCAUAAAGAAAUAUUGAAGGCAAACAUUGAUCUGCCAGUACAGAAAAGCAGGAAAACAUCGUUGCGUAGCUAACUGAAGCGCUUGAAAAUCUUACCAUAAUAUAUCUCGCGUUUUUCUUUUUACCAUACUAUAUCUCGCGUGCGCAGCAUAGGCUUAAUUCACAUUUCAUUCUACUUUCAAAACACAUCAAUCCAAAUCACUAGCAAAAUUACAUCACAUAUUUAUAGAAGAAAUUACUUUUCACAUUCAGCAGAAAAAACAAGGAAGCGAAAACAGAAAGAAAUUCCCAUCAUAGUCGCCCUUCAUGCAUGUAACGCAAGGAGGAACCCCGUUAAUAACGCCAGAGGAAUACCAGCAACAUCACCAGAGGUUUAAUACGAGCAAGAGCAUCAACAUUGUACGUCAUACAGCGGAAGACCAUAUCUUCCGAACAAUGGAGUGGCAGAAAACUGUUUCUGG